ACGUACCUCCGUGUUGGAGAUGCUCUCGUGUGUUCUUUAAACAGCAGUUCCGAUUGAAGAAUAAUAUUGUGGAUAUACUAUAUGCUAUAUGCUAUAUGUGUGAUAUUUGUGCGAAGUAAACACGCUGUAUGUGUGCCGGCUUAGAACAUAAUUAUAUUUAUUUAUAAAACAUUCGGACCAACUCUCGGUUUUUAACCUUCUUCUAUUCUGCACGAUGGUAAAAAGAAGUACGUAACAACAAACUCACCCCGCGUGGCAAUAUCUAAAAAAGAUUGUGCUGUGUAUGGAAAGAACUGAACUGAACUAAACUGAACUGAACACUGAGUCCACCCGUGUGCUGUAUUUACUCACUAGCUAUGUAACAGCGUCCGUAUAUACGUGCACGGACGUACAUUAUAUAUGUACAUACAGUUUAGUAUAAAAAGUAGUAUACAAUAGACAGACUGACAGACAUACCUACAGAUAUAUGUUUGUAUGUAUAUACUUAAUUGUGUUAAAAUAUAAAAAGUUUAACGAUCAAUGACUGAGGUUGAUGCCGUAAUGCCUGAAGGCGUAUCCGUACCGAUUAUUUCUCAAUCUAAUAAUAUAACAAUCAGUGACUCUGAAGCAGAUGUUUCAAUCGACAAUGUUAAACAGUUGAAAGAGAGUCGGGCCCUAGAGGCGAAAGAAACGAAUAAUGAAUCUAUGGAAGUUGAUGCUCCUGACACAGAAGAGGAUGAUUCACAAAUAACUUCAUCGUCCGAAAAUGGUUGUGGCAGUGAUCACGAAAAGAGACUAGAUUCCAGAUUUGAUAUAAAUGCUGCUCCCGCUGAUACAUUGGAUAAUAAUGACAAAACUGUAGACAGUUGCAGUAGGGACGAUAGUCAGAGCAAUGAUGUAACUCAAAACAGUGAAUCGCAAAACGAGAAAUUAGAUGAAGAUCAAGACAGUGUUCCUAGCCAAGCACAAACGUCAUCGAAUAUUGAUAGCAAUUGUGAAGCGAAUUCAAAUAAGAGCGAAUCUACUCCAAAUACCAUUGCUUUCAAGAACAUUGACAGUUUGAUCAAUGAAUCGACAAUCAGCAUCAAUGAAGAAACAGCUACAGAAGAUUCUACAAGUUCUGGUAAACAGAAUGAUAAUGAGAGCCUAACACUAGCAACGACUGCCGAAAUAGUUAAGGAUAGUAAAACGGAAAAACCGAAUACAGCAUCUCAGCAAGAAAAUGGCGCACUCAUCACGUUCAAUAAAGUAGAUAAUAUUACGAACUUUGUAGACUUAGGCGAUGAUUCAGAUGUUGAAAUGGACGAGGUUUCCAAAAAAGCUGAUGAAACAAUUAAAAAUAAUUCAUUUGAUCAAAAACUACCCAAUGCUGUCUCAGACUCCACUUUAAAUACAAGUGACUCAAAGCAGUUACAAAAUGACUCUGAUGGUGCUGUGAUUAUAAAUUCUGAUUCUGAAACGGAGGCUCUCCCAGCCGAUAAAAAAAUAGAAGCACAAAAGCCAACUGCUACGGAAAUUGUAGAUGAUGAUGAUGAUGAUUGUGUAGUUAUUGAAGAUGAUACACCCGCACCAAUAAAUAACGAGGUAGCAAAAAGAAAAAACGAAAUUAUGGAUUUAAGCAGUUCAGAUGACUUACCACCAAAUAAACGACAACGUGUAACUCCACAACCCCAAAAUACUUGCCAAAUUGCAAUUAAAGAUCCUCGCUCACUAAUGGCACCAGACUUGACUGGUAAAAAAGUGUCAGAUAUUUAUCCAGUAAAUAUAACUCCAGCUACAGCAACUCCUGUACCAGCUUCACCACAGGGGCCGCCUAAACUUGUGCCUAUGACAAAUCCCACAAAUUUUCCCUUUACUGGACUACCUGGUUUGAACACAACAGCAAAUUGUCUACCAGGUUUGACGGAUGAUAUGUUUGUAUUAGAGGCUCCAUCAUUCAUUGUUCCCUAUAUAUACGAAAAACCUCCAGCAGAUCAGUUAAAAGAAGUUGUUAAAUUAAUUGAAACCAAAUAUGAGAUAACUAAGGACGAUCUUGCAGAUGUAGAUAAAUCUGAUGAAUUUGACAUGAUGACUGAACAAAAUAAAGAAGAUAGAGUCGAAAAGAGCGACAAGAAAAAGAAAAAGAAACAUGUGAAUGAUGACGGAGAUGAUUCUUGGACGGAGGAAUCGGAUGCAGAUGAAGAUGAAGAAGAUGAUGACGAUUCUGAAACGGGUGUGAAAACAAAAGUAUUAAUCAAAGAGGUACAAGAUGAUUUUUCAGCUGUAUCGAGUGCUAUUAAACCUGCCGCAGCGGUAGUUGCUACGCAAUCACCGAGUGCGAAUUCUUCCUCAAAACCUGGUCAAGAGAACUACUUCGAAAGUCCUCUAGGAAAGUUUUUUAUGGAUAUUGGUGUUGGUCUAGUACAGGAAUUUGUGCAAGCUGACUUACUAAGACUACAAAAGCGGAAAAUGCGCAAAAGCUUGGGAAAAAAUAUUACAGAAUUUGAAAGAGCUAUCAAUGCGUUGUCAGCCAAUCUGGAGGCGUCGAAAAAGAAAAAUGUGGCUUUUAAAUUUACAAUGAAACGUUGCGAAUUUUGUACAUUCAAAUCAGAAUCUGCACUGGCUAUGGCAAACCACUAUGAAACACCACACAUGAACGGGGUACUGUACAAAUGCAACUUCUGCCCAUAUGAGAUACGUAAUGCUACCGAAAUCGUAUACCAUAUGGAAGCAAUACACAAUAUUAAAGCACGCUUAAUAAAACCUUUACCCUAUCAUCAAUGUCCAAACUGUGGUUUUGAAGAUAAUGGAAGAGCAAAAUUGGCACGACAUCAGCCCGUUUGUGCGAAGAAGUUCAGGCCUGAAAUUAAUUUAUUACCUCCUGUUGAUUGGGAAGCGCCAGCGAAGAUUCCGCGCAUUAAACCACGACAUGGACUCGUUGGCACAGCAACAGCUUACCAGGCUAUGGCAGCACAGGCCGCAGCGCAAAAAGCAGCUCUGGCUACCAUGCAGCAGCAACAAGCAGCGCGUAAUCUGCAAGCGGCUGCUAUUGCUGCGCAGAAUGCAGCUAAGGUACGACAACGGGCACCACCUCUGCCUAAACCGAUACAAACUAAUAAUGUAGCGAAUUUACGUGGACCUACUAUGGUGAGGAAUCCGAUAAGUACUAAUGUUGUCUUACCCAACAAUUACCAAUUUGCUGGCGGGCAACUUGUUCAAUCUCCAGCAGGAAAGAAACCUACUGCAGGACAACCAAGUAUUUCUAUAACUCCACUACCUCGUCAGACUGCUACUCCUCAACCGUCGGCAGCACCGGUUAUGAAAAUGCCACCGGUCGGAAUGAAGCCUGGUCAAAAUCCCGCUGGCGGCAACAAAGCACAGUUUGUUAUAUGUGAAAUUUGUGAUGGCUACAUUAAGGACCUGGAACAAUUACGCAAUCACAUGCAAUGGAUGCAUAAAGUGAAGAUUCACCCUAAGAUGAUCUAUAACCGACCCCCUUUAAAUUGUCAAAAGUGUCAAUUUAGAUUUUUCACUGACCAAGGACUGGAAAGACAUUUAUUGGGGUCUCAUGGCUUGGUCACAAGCUCAAUGCAAGAAGCUGCAAACAAAGGAAAAGAUGCUGGCCGGUGUCCAGUUUGUGGCAGGAUGUAUCAAUGGAAACUGUUGAACCAUGUUUCGCGUGACCAUCAUAUGACAUUGAAACCAGCGCACUUAUCAUAUAAAUGCACUGUGUGCACAGCUACAUUUGGCAUGUAUAAACUAUUUGAAACACAUGUCUACACUGCACACAGCACUGUGGCUAAGAAAGCUAUGGAUAAUAAGAAAAAUAAUUCAUCUCCGGGAGCGGCAAGCAGCAGUAACAGCCAACGCAACUCUUUCGGUUCUGCAAACGAUUCGUUGUUGAAACCAUUAAAAAUUAAUGAUGAGAUUACUAUUAUUCCACAGCCAGCAUCCAAAUCACGAAUAAAUAAUAUGGAAAGUCAUAUCAUUGAUUAACUUCAUACAAAUUCACAUGUGUAAUAUCUUCACAUUAUAACUGGUAUAUAGGAAACACUACGUGCAUUGCGAAAACCAUUUGUACGAAUCUGUUUUGAUAAUGUUGCAGUUAAAUACUUCUAAUAUUAAUGUAAAAGAUAUAAGAUAUUGAUGGCGUAACUUAUUUAUAUAAAAUUUGUAAAGCAGAAAUCUAUAACGUUUGUAGUUAACCUAUUAUCAAGUCUAUUGUAUACUGCAAUUACGAAAAAAAAGAUUUCGCACAUAUUAGAUAAAAAAAAAAAUAAGUUAUGCCUAUUGUAUAAACAUCCGGUCUUACUGUUAAGAUUUAUCAAUUCUUUAGUUUAUAUAGAAUAUUUAAAUGUUUUAUUUAAGAAUAUAUGCGUUAUUAUUUUAAAAUGUUUCAUAUAAGAAUUCUGUAAAUUAGAUUUAAUAUAAGGAAAGUAGUAAAUAGUUCGCGUUUCACGAGUCAGGCUAAUUAAAAUAUAAUAUAUAACAAAAUAUUAAGAACAUAAUGAAAACAAU